AUGUCAGUCGACGCCACGAUGCCAACCCGCUCGCAAGAUCAGCAAAGCAGGUAUUUUCAUGGCCCUUCUAGUGUCAUGUUUGAUUCCGACAACAAUAGACGCACGAGCCUGAAACACAAUGGUCAUCAGCCCCUCUUGGAUGAGAGACUCAGAGCUCAAUUAGUAGCUAAUCAUACAAAACAACGACAUCUUGAGAUGAUCAAUGCCAAUUCUGGUAAACUAGACCUCGAUGGUGUGGACGUCGAUCUUGCCAUGGAUCUCCUUUCCAUCUUCUGGAACCGCCAGCACUACGAAGGAUCAGCCAUCUACCGGCCAGUGUUUAUGAGAGACAUGGCAGCAAAUGGCCCAUAUUUUUCCAAACUGCUGCUAUACGCCAUUCUCUUCGCUGCGUCCAAGUACGCUGUAGAUGAUCGAGUUCGAAGCGACCCUCAUGACCCAGAAACAACGGGCAUCCCCUUUCGUCGAAGAUUUGAGGAAAUUUUAGUCGAGCCAGGCGCAAAUAGGCUUUUUGAGAGCGAACUCACGACGGCACAGGCACUGCUGAUAGUUGCGAAUGUCCUGCUGUCUUGGCGCGACGAAAGUAGCCUGGCCUGGCAUUAUACAGGAGUGGCCAUCAAUAUGAUCAUCGACCUUGGGAUACAUACAGAGCGUCACCCGACUCAACCCACAAGCAUCUACAAAGCAGAAAAAGUCGAACUUCAUCGCAGGGUAUUCUGGGCAGCUUUCAUUCUCGACAAAAUUCAUGCUAUAUAUCAGGGCAGACCGGCGCGCCUCAGCGGAACUAACAUCAGCGUGCCGAUUCUAUUCCAUGACGACUACGAUGAAUACGAGCCCUUUCAAACUAUUACCUUCACAGCCACUCCCCGUCAGCUGCGACGCCCGACGCACAGUUUGUCGACCAUGGUGGAGCUUUGCAAGCUGAGCCAGAUCAUGGACAAGAUUCUGCGAGAGCUCUACGCCGAGCAGAGUCAGAGUCGCACAGCGUCCGAUAUACUCAACACCUCGAUGAUUCUUCAUCACGAACUCAAGCGCUGGCGAGGUGAACUGCCACCGCAUUUGAAUGUCCGACGGAGGGGUCUUGAAACUGCCGUUAUACUUCCGCAUACGUUGGCCAUGGUGUCUAUGUACGAUUCUCUCGUAAUCCUCCUUCAUCGCCCUUUCGUAUCCGAAGGCCACUUACAAUCCGCUUCUUCUUUUAUCGCGCGGGAAGCCUUGUCCCACUGCGUUACCGCCGCUUUCGAAGUUCACGACAUGCUUCAAUUGUAUAAACAACAUUUUUGCGUGAAAACAGUUCCCUACUUUAUGUCGUACGCGACGUACGUCAGCGCGACCAUCCACGCGCGCCUCGCCUCCCUAAAAAGCAUGGGUUCUCUGCCUGGACAAUGCUUGAAAAACUGUCUCAAUGUCCUAACAGAGCAACAAACAAAGUGCCUCGCUCCCCGCCGUACUUUAAAGAUCCUAAAGCAACUCAUCAGACGCUUGGGUUUGCGAAUGGAGGAUCUACCGACUGAAGAGUUUGAGGUGUCUCGUGGAAAUGAGCCUGAUAGUGAUGGGCAUAUUUUGACACCGGCAAUGAGUUCUCUUCCCGAGGUGACUUAUCUUUCAAGGGUCUCAGAACAGCCGCCGGCUGGUGUUGUUGCUGAGGAUCGGAUGCAUGAUGGGAAUAUGACCGAUUUCGAUUCCAUGUUCCUGGACAUGGACAUGGAUGGCAUUCUAAAAAGCUUUGGAGUCAUCUCGAAUGAGGCCGUACCAGUACAUCCCGGUGGAAACCGCUUUGACGGCGGGAUGGUUCUGGAGAGCAUGGGAAACGUAGAGAGCACAGCUCUGGAGCAGGAAUAUGAAACAGGCCCUGGAUCUUCAGGAGUUCCAGUGUUUUCGGAUCCUCUAUUUGGAUUCGACUUUGAUAUAGUAUAG